GCCAAGCCCACUGACUUUGACUUCAUGGCUGUUAUUGGAAAAGGGACCUUUGGGAAGGUAAGACUGCUGUUUGCCUGAUAAAAGGCUGCAUGCUUUCAUCAAUUAUUAACUCAGUCUAUGCCGGACUGUUAUGGUUACCUUGAUGAAAAGGCAAAAAACAAACAAUGAAACAAUGAAUGAGGAUAGUUUUUCACAAAUUGUACUCAGGAUGAGCAGCCAUUUUUAAUUAUUCCAGUUCAGUCGCAGUCCUUUUUCAUUGUGUCAAUUACUUUUUUCUAUAUUUUGUGUGACCGAUAAUAAAAUAUGUUAUUUGUGUGUACUCAUUGCCCUUCUAUUUUUAAGAUAGGGUUAUGAUAAGAGAGUGUCAUAUUAGUAGGUGACGUUUUGAGGAAACAAUCAGAAAUGUACUGACAACCACCCUGCAUCCAGGUCCUGCUCGCCAAGCUCAAAGCUGACAAUAAAUUCUAUGCUGUCAAAGUUCUACAGAAGAAAGUCAUCCUGAAGAAAAAGGAGGUUGGUCUAUAAACUUUUCAUUUUGUUAUUCAUUAUCACAACAAACUCGCAUAUAGUUGAUUUAUUUUCUGUUUUAAAGGUCAACUCAAUUACACUAGCAAAUCCCUUCAUGUCAGUGUAUAUUCAAUGUGUGUAUGAUUUUCAUUGUGUAGCAGAACUGGUUUAGCCUAAAUCUGUGUUGUGUGUUUCUAAGAAAGAUAACAUCUAAUCUAAUCUGAAGUGUGUUCUGUCCUUUGUACUCCGACAGACUGAUUUUACAGCCCCCAGUCUCUGUUUUGUGUUUCCUACAUACUGUACAUUCCCAUAAUCAGUACUGUUAUAUUCCCUGGUUUUUGAAUCACUUGAUAGUUAUAACAAUCAGCAAAUUAAUGUUGGACUUUCUGAGCUACUUACAGACACACGCUAUAGCUGUCUGACAUACCUACUCAGUCCUGUAACAAGAAUGACUCCCUCCUCAAGUGAAGUGUUAUCUCAAUGAAGCCAACUUACUUUAUAUACUGAGAGCCUGUUGUCUGCCUUGGAAACCAGGGCCAUAGCUACAGUGGAGAACACUAGUCAGAAGUGUGUAGGCGGCUGCACUUUCAGCAGCAUAAAUAACACUGAGGACCUUGUAGGAAAGAGGUUCUCUCUCUCUCUCUCUCUCUCUCUCUCUCUCUCUCUCUCUCUCUCUCUCUCUCUGUAUAUCAUCUCUUGUCUUGUGCUUGGGGCCGAAGCAGUGGUGGUGACAGGGGCCUGUAUUCUGCUGUGUCCUGCCUUCUGCCUCGUGUCCGCUGGUUCAAUGCUGCUUUGUGUCCUCUAGCAAAAGAACAUCAUGGCAGAGAGGAACGUGCUGCUGAAGAGCCUGAAGCACCCUUUCCUGGUGGGCCUCCACUACUCCUUCCAGACCCCAGAGAAGCUCUACUUUGUCCUCGACUAUGUCAACGGGGGAGAGGUAGCUAGCUAACGGCCCUGGGUCUUGUGUCUCAGAAGGUUUCAUGUGACUGUUUGGAUAUGGCAAAUGAUAAAAGGAGUGGACUGUAGCAAUGUUCCCAAUAAGUAAUCCUUUAUUUAUAUUAAAGCUACCAAGCUAUUGACAGCACAGAAGCAGCAGAGCAGUGUGGCAUAGCCCCAAGCCCUUGGCUCAAUCAGUGUAGUGACAACAAACACAUUACUCCCCUUUAAUCAUUGGCUCAGUCCACAGUGUCUUUAUCACAGCGUUAUUAUGAGUUAAUAAUGUAACAGUAGUAAUAUUACAUGCUUCGUCAGAGUCAAGCUGAAUGACAGUUAAAACAACAUGUCAGAACUGUUUUCUCUCUCCUUUCUCCCUCUAUAUCUAACCUCUCUCUUUCUCUCUCUCUCUCAUAGCUCUUCUUCCACCUGCAGAGGGAGCGGUGCUUCUUGGAGCCGAGGGCAAGGUUCUAUGCUGCUGAGGUAGCCAGUGCCAUCGGCUACCUUCACUCCCUCAACAUCGUUUACAGGUCAGCCAUAAGGACAUAUUCACGUAGAAACAACACAUUAUUAUGUACAGUAUUGAGGUUCAGUGAAACAAAAUAUCUUUGUUUGUUUGUUCUUAUGUAGAGAUCUAAAGCCAGAGAAUAUUCUCUUAGACUUUCAGGUAAGUGUUGACUCAUAAGUGGAUGUAAUGUUAUUGGAUUGUUUUCAAUAUCUCAACUCACUUCCUUCUCAUCUUAGAGAAGACGGUUCAAGAGUUCACAAUACAGUAUCAUAUGCAGUCUGUAAGUUCCUGUAAUAUUGGGAUGGUGUUUAAAAUGUGUGUUCCAGGGCCAUGUGGUACUUACAGACUUUGGGCUGUGUAAAGAGGGAGUGGAGCCGGAGACCACCACGUCCACUUUCUGUGGAACCCCUGAGGUGAGGGAUAGCCCUGAGAUAGUGUCUGUGCUCAAUGAUAUGUUAACGAUAAUGCAUGUCUAAUAGUCACACCGCUUGACUUUUUCCACAUUUUGUUGUGUUACAAAGUGGGAUAAAAAUGUAUUUAAUUGUCAUUUUUUGUCAACGAUCUACACAAAAUACUCUGUAAUGUCAAAGUGGAAUAAAAAUUCUAACAUUUGUUUUCAAUUCAUGGAAAAUAAAAUACUAAUAUAUCUUGACUAGAUAAGUAUUCAACCCCCUGAGUCAGUACACAUUAGAAUCACCUUUGGCAGCGAUUACAGUCUCUAAGAGCAUGGAUUGUACAAUAUUUGCACAUUAUUCUAUAAAAAAAUGUUCAAGCUCUGUCAAGUUGGUUGUUGUUCAUUGCUAGACAGACAUUUUCAACUCUUGCCAUAGAUUUUCAAGCCGAUUUGUCAAAGCUGUAACUAGGCCACUCAGGAACAUUCAAUGUCGAUUUGGUAAGCAACUCCAGUGUAUAUUUGGCCUUGUGUUUUAGGUAGCUGUUCUGCUGAAAGGUGAAUUUUCUUCCCGUGUUUGUUGGAAAGCAGACUGAACCAAGUUUUCCUGUAGGAUUUCCCUGUGAAUAGCUCUAUUCCAUUUAUUUGUAUCCAAAAAAACUCUCUAGUCCUUGCGGAUAGCAAGCAUACCCAUAACAUGAUGCAGCCACCACCAUGCUAAAAUAUGAAGGGUGGUACUCAGUCAUGUGUUGUGUUGGAUUUGUACCAAACAUAAUGCUUUGUAUUCAGGACCGAAAGUUAAUUUCUUUGCCACAUUUUUGGCAGUAUUACUUUAGAGGCUUAUUGCAAACAGGACAAAUGUUUUGGAAUAUUUGUAUUCUGUACAGGCUUCCUUCUUUUCACUCUGUAAUUUAUGUUAGUAUUGUGGAGUAACUACAAUGUUGUUGAUCCAUCCUCAGUUAUCUCCUAUCACAGCCAUUAAACUCUGUUUUAACUGUUUUAAAAUCACCAUUGGCCUCACAGUGAAAUCUCUCAGCGGUUUCCUUUCUCUCCGGCAACUGAGUUAGGAAGGGUGCUUGUAUCUUUGCAGUGACUGGGUGUGUUGAUACACCAUCCAAAGUGUGCCCUUCUUUGAGAACCAUUGGAAAAUCUCCCUGGUCUUUGUGGUUGAAUCAGUGCUUGAAAUUCAUUGCUCGACUGAGGGACCUUACAGAUAAUUGUAUGUGUGGGGUACAGAGAUUGGAUGUUCAUUUAAAAAUCAUGUUAAACACUAUUAUUGCACUCAGAGUGAGUCCAUGCAACUUAUUAUGUGGCUUGUUAAGCACAUUUUUACUCCUGAACUUAUUUAGGCUUGCCAUAACAAAAGGGUUGAAUACUUAUUGACUGAAGACAUUUCAGCUUUACAUUUUUUAUUAAUUUGUAAACAUUUCUAAAAACAUAAUUCCACUUUGACAUUAUGGAGUAUUGUGUGUAGAUCAGUGACACAAAAUCUCAAGGGGUGUGAAUACUUUCUGAAGGCACAGUAUCUAUCUGUUUAUUUAACUCUCUCUGUCUCUGUAGUAUUUGGCCCCUGAGGUUCUGCGUAAGGAGCCCUAUGACCGCACAGUGGACUGGUGGUGUCUGGGAGCUGUGCUCUAUGAGAUGAUCUACAGUCUUGUACGUUUUUCAAUCUUAUAUAGCUACUGUACUUAGCGCAAACUAAGGCCAACCCAAAUAUUGUUUACACGUGCAGCAAAUAUCCAAGACAAUUAUGUUACCAACUUCAGGAAAUGCUUCUGGUGUAGCUGGCUGCUACAGUACUGUGUCUCUUCUCUGCUCUACUCACCCUGUUUCUGUUUUUCUAGCCCCCGUUCUACAGCCGGGACGUGUCUGAGAUGUACGAUGGCAUCCUACACAAGCCUCUGCCGCUGCCCCCAGGGAAGUCAGGCGCUGUCUGUAGUCUGCUCCAGGGCCUCCUGCAGAAAGAUCAGCACCGCAGGUUGGGAGCCAUCGCUGACUUUGUGAGUCACUGACUGGACCGUCUCCACGACACCCUAUUCCCUUUAUAGCCCUAUGUGGGCUCUGAUCAAUAGUCCACUAUAUGCCAUUUCUGCAGUGGUUUAAAGUACUUAAGUAAAAAUACUUUAAAGCACUACAUAAGUAGUUUUUUGGGGUAUCUGUACUUUAGUUUACUAUUCAUAUUUUUGACAACUGGUGUGUUCCCCUGGCUAGCCGUACAUUUAAAAAAUAAGAAAAUGGUGCUGUCUGGUUUACUUAAUAAAAUGAAUGUGAAAAGAUUUAUACUUCUACUUUGAUACUUAGUAAAUUUAAGCAAUUACACUUAAUUUUGAUACUUAAGUACAGUUGAAGUCGGAAGUUUACAUACACCUUAGCCAAAUACAUUUAAACUCAGUUUUUCACAAUUCCUGACAUUUAAUCCUAGUAAAAAUUCCCUGUCUUAGGUGUCAGUUAGGAUCACCACUUUAUUUUAAGAAUGUGAAAUGUCAGAAUAAUAGUAGAGAGAAUGAUUUAUUUCAGCUUUUAUACUUUCAUCACAUUCUCAGUGGGUCAGAAGUUUACAUACACUCAAUUAGUAUUUGGUAGCAUUGCCUUUAAAUUGUUUAACUUGGGUCAAACGUUUUGGGUAGCCUUCCACAAGCUUCCCACAAUAAGUUGGGUGAAUUUUGGCCCAUUCCUCCUGACAGAGCUAGUGUAACUGAGUCAGGUUUGUAGGCCUCCUUGCUCGGACACGCUUUUUCAGUUAUGCUCACGAAUGUUCUAUAGGGUUGAGGUCAGGGCUUUGUGAUGGCCACUCCAAAACCUUGACUUUGUUGUCCUUAAGCCAUUUUGCCACAACUUUGGAAGUAUGCUUGGGGUCAUUGUCCAUUUGGAAGACUCAUUUGCGACCAAGCUUUAACUUCCUGACUGAUGUCUUGAGAUGUUGCUUCAAUAUAUCCACAUCAUUUUCCUUCCUCAUGAUGCCAUCUAUUUUGUGAAGUGCACCAGUCCCUCCUGCAGCAAAGCACCCCCACAACAUGAUGCUGCCACCCCCAUGCUUCACGGUUGGGAUGGUGUUCUUUGGCUUACAAGCAUUCCCCUUUUUCCUCCAAACAUAACGAUGGUCAUUAUGGCCAAACAGUUCUAUUUUUGUUUCAUCAGACCAGAGGACAUUUCUCCAAAAAGUACGAUCUUUGUCCCCAUGUGCAGUUGCAAACCGUAGUCUGGCUUUUUUAUGGCGGUUUUGGAGCAGUGGCGUCUUCCUUGCUGAGCGGCCUUUCAGGUUAUGUCGAUAUAGGACUCGUUUUACUGUGGAUAUAGAUACUUUUGUACCUGUUUCCUCCAGCAUCUUCAUAAGGUCCUUUGCUGUUGUUCUGUGAUUGAUUUGCACUUUUCGCACCAAAGUACGUUCAUCUCUAGGAGACAGAACGUGUCUCCUUCCUGAGCGGUAUGACUGCUGCGUGGUCCCAUGGUGUUUAUACUUGCGUACUAUUGUUUGUACAGAUGAACGUGGUACCUUCAGGCGUUUGGAAAUUGCUCCCACGGAUGAACCAGACUUGUGGAGGUCUACACAUUAUUUUCUGAGGUCUUGGCUGAUUUAUUUUGAAUUUCCCAUGAUGUCAAGCAAAGAGGCACUGAGUUUGAGGGUAGGCCUUGAAAUACAUCCACAGGUACACCUCCAAUUGAUUCAAAUGAUGUCAAUUAGCCUAUCAGAAGCUUCUAAAGCCAUGACAUCAUUUUCUGGAAUUUUCCAAGCUGUUUAAAGGCACAGUCAACUUAAUGUAUGUAAACUUCUGAACCACUGGAAUUGUGAUACAGUGAAUUAUAAGUGAAAUAAUCUGUCUGUAAACCAUUGUUGGAAAAAUUACUUGUGUCAUGCACAAAGUAGAUGUCCUAACCGACCUGCCAAAACGAUAGUUUGUUAACAAGAAAUGUGUGGAUUGGUUGAAAAAUGAGUUUUAAUGACUCCAACCUAAGUGUAUGUAAACUUCCGACUUCAACUGUAUAUUUAAAACCAAAUACUUUUAGACUUUUACUCAAGUAGUAUUUUACUGGGUGACUUUCACUUUUACUUGAGUCAUUUUAUUAAGGUAUCUUUAUUUUUACUCAAGUAUGACAAUUGGGUACUUUUUCCACCACUGCAUUUCUGACGCAUACCAUGCCAUUGCCGUUUACAGUGUUUCACACAUUUUGAGUGUGUUAUACACUGGUCAAAUCUCAUAUCAUCCUGAAAGGUUCUUGUUUUGCUUUACAGCUACAAAUCAAGAACCAUGUGUUCUUCUCCCCGAUUAACUGGGAUGACCUGUACCACAAGAGAAUCACUCCUCCAUACAACCCCAAUGUGGUGAGUUGUUUGUGCUGCCAGUUGUUUCUUACCAUCUUCUCUAACUUCGAUCUUCACUGCUUUUUUUCUAAAACUUUCUCUCACUACCUUAUCUUUGUAACCUUCACUCUUACCUAUGUUUUCUCUAGCAAUCCCCUCUAUUUCCUAACAAGUCCCCUCUCUCUUCUCCUUUAGAAAGGGCCAGCGGACACACAGCACAUAGACCCAGAGUUCACCAGAGAGAUGGUGCCUAACUCAGUGGGCCGCACUCCUGAGCUCAACACCGGCACCAGCAGCUCCAAUGCAUUCAAUGGCUUCUCCUACAUCUCUGGUGAAGACAGCUUCCUCUGAGACAGGGAGGAAGGUCCCUCACAGCACCACCACUGCCGAGGUCGAGGUAGAAGUUACCCGUAACCACAUAUCUACAAUUCCAUUCCUUAACCCCAAAUCCUAACCUUAACCUUUAAGUCAGGAGGAUAAAAAAUAUAUUUUACCCUGGAUUCAGCAGUUAGUGGCAACCUCUAUCAACUUCAUAACUUCUUCGCAGCCAUAGAAAUUUAGCACAUUGAACAUCAUGCAUUUUUGUGUAGGUGA